AUGGAGAAGAUGCUGGUCGCCUCCAAUGCUGGUCUCGCCAGCCCAAAAGUGGCUGUCCCCAGCUGCGAGACCUCCUUGGGACACCGCCAGCACCACCCACGCAGGCUGAAUUUCAGCCUGGCUUCCAUGACGCGGACCCCCAGCCUGGCUUCCAUGACGUCCUUUGCGUUCGUCUGCGCGGCCUCGCGCGCCGGCCGGUUUAGUGGCAGGCCUGGCCGCACACUCUGCAAAGCAGAGGCUUCGGAUGUGCCACGCCGCGUCGCAGCCGUUGCUGCCGCAGCGGCUGCGGCCGAUGCGGUGUUGCGGCGGGAUGACCGCUACGCGCCCUCGGGGCCAACUCUGUGGCCCCCGAAGGCGUUCAAGGAGACGCAGAGGUCGGAGCUGCUUCCAGGCAUCUGGGGCUUGGAGCAGGUCAUCGCCUUCUUCACGGUCUCUGCGAACAUUCGCAUGAUCGUCGUGCGUCUGGAGGGUCCCUGGAGAAGGCAGUGCUGCCAACUGCUGGAUGAACUCGGGGAAGUGGCACACCUGGUGGUGCCCGGAACGGCUUUGGAGCACAAAGCCUCCUUGUCGGAGUUCUCACAGCUUUAUCCCAAGGCCAGUGUGUGGGUGUCGCCAGGGCAGAAGGCAUCUCCAUUCGAUCCGUCCCUUGGCUCGCAUGUGGACGGCAUCCUGGGAGCGGGCUCCCCGCCCUGGGAGAACGAGAUCGACUACAAGGUGUUCUUCGUGGAGCCCCCUGACACUGCAGGCACGCGCCUCGCCUGCCCUUGGUUGAUGGCUAGCACAUUGUGA